AUGCCGAAACACGAGUUCUUAACCCCAAAAGCAAUUGCCAACAGAAUAAAGGCUAAAGGUCUACAGAAGCUUAAAUGGUACUGCCAGCUCUGCGAAAAACAAUGUCGUGACGAGAAUGGAUAUCAGUGCCACAUUCGUUCCGAGUCUCAUCUUCGUCAAAUGAGUCUUUUGCGUGAAAACCCAGAUAAGUAUCAAAGCACUUAUUCCAGUGAAUUUUUGACCGAUUUUGUAAAAUUAUUGUCAAGAAG